AUCUGGCCACAAUGCUUCUUGUUCAUAUAACAAUUAUCAGCACCCAGAUUUUACCGUAGUUUGCUUGCUUCCGCUUGGACGUAUUUUCAUAAUUGGAUAGUUUUUUUAACAUGAAAUUACGAAGAAUAAUUAAGUAUGAUGUAAUUUGUAUGAUUUUAGAAGCCAAAGUGGAUGAUGAAAUGCAUCCAACAUAUGUGCCAACACUUUUUCCUAGAAAUUCAGCAAAGCAGGGACAAACUAAGACUGCAUCACUUGCAGGUACAUUCACACCAUCACCUCAAACAGUGUCAACAAAGAAAAGAGGUCAGCCCUGGAGUCAAAGUACAGUUGGUAGACCUAGUUCACCAAAGAAGCUGAACUGCUUUACACAAGAUAGUGAAAAAGUUGUUUUGAACAGUGAUCAUGACUAUGUAAAACCAAAAACAAAGCAUGAACAGGAAGAUACUGUUGAAUCAUUAAAGCAAGAAAACCAUGAAAUCAAAUCAAAGCAACUGAGACUUGAAAACAUAAAAGGCAAUGCAGGAAAAAAUCAAUUUUGGACCAACUUACCAAAAUACAAAGUCUUCCAGGCACGAUGUAAAUAUCUGAAAACAUGGAUAGAUGGUGGGAUUUUGUGAUUCUGGAAUGGCAAAUAAACUGGCAAACCUAAAGCAACCAACAAAAGAGGCCCUCAAAGAAAAUUUACAUUUGAAGAACUCUUCUUAGUGCUUGUGAUGCUAAUAACUGGUAACUUCAAUGAAGAACUUGCCCACACAUUUGACAUAAGCCCUGCACAUGUGUCGAGUAUCUUUACUACACACGCAAACUUUCAGAAUGGGGAACUGAAACUGCUCUUUGAAAUGCAGUCUUCAGAUACAGAUCAGGCUGGGUGUUUCGAGUCCUUGGCAAUUUGAAGGUUAUUCUCGAUAGCACUGAACGAAUGGUUUAUAGCUCCUCAAAUCUUGAAGCAAGGAAGAAGAUAUUUUCAAACUAUAAGCACUAUCAUUCAGCAAAGUUUUCAGUUGGUAUUUCACCAAACUUGACAGUUAAUUAUAUAUCAAAGGCAUGGGGUGGAAGGGCAUUCAAUAAACGUAUUAUGUUACAGAGUAGUGCACUGAUGGAUGAUCUUUCAGAUGGUGACUCAGUCAUGGCUGACAGGGGUUUUAAUGUGGCUGGUGAAUUUUAAUAGAAAGGUGUAGAGUUUCUAAUCCCCGAAUUUAAAGUACGUGAUGGGGCUCAGAUUACACAAAAAGAGGCAAGUCGUUUCGAAUACAUU